CUCAGCAGUGGUCGUUUGACUUGACGUAUUUAUAAUUUGCACUCGCUUCAUCAUAUCGUGCUGCGAGACGGUGUGGUAAAAAUUCAAGUGCGUAUCCUUCGCCAAAACUAGUUGUCGAGUGCUGUGAUUUUUAUAACAAUAUUUUUAUAUUUACAUCGCUAGUACAUAAGUGAACUGUGAAAAGAGCGUUUUUUUAACACACGUUAAUUUUUUGAUGUGAUCCUUGUUUUUGUGAUUUUAUAAGUGUGACGAUGGCAGAUAAUUCGAAAUUGACCGACGAAGAGAGGACUGAGAUCAGGGAGCAGUUUGAACAGUUGGAUUUAAACAGCAGUGGAUGCAUCGACUUGAAAGAAUUGAAGGAAGCCCUUGACAGCGUCGGCUACAAAAUUCCACAAUGGAAGGUGCGAUGCAUGAUCGAAGAAUACUACGACAAUGGCAACAACAAACGCGGCGUGAACGGCAGCAUGAACGGCGACGCGAGGAAAAACGGCAUCAGCCUUGUCGAGUUCGAGGAGCUGUGCGCUAAUCUUAAGGCACAACAGGUGUCCAGCACAUUCAAACAGGCCGUCAGUAAAAAAGAAAACCUUGAACAUUUGGGAGGCAUGAGCGAAGCGUCCAGUGAUGGUACAACUCACUCGGUCCGCCUCGAGGAGCAGAUGGCGUUCUCGGGCUGGAUCAACAGUAACCUGGAGCACGACCCCGACCUCAAGCACCUGCUGCCCAUCGACCACGAGGGCAAGCAGCUGUAUGAGAAGCUCAAGGACGGACUUAUAUUAUGCAAAGUGAUAAACCACUCGUGCCCGGACACGAUAGACGAGCGCGCGAUCAACAAGAAGAACCUCACGUUGUACACGAAGCACGAGAACCUGACGCUGGCGCUGGUCUCGUCGCAGGCCAUCGGGUGCAACAUCGUCAACAUCGACGCUCAUGACUUGGCUAAAGGCAAACCGCAUUUGGUGUUGGGUCUGUUGUGGCAGAUCAUCCGCAUCGGGCUGUUCAAUCAGAUCACGCUGGAGCACUGUCCGGGACUCACCGAGCUUCUCAAUGACCAGGAGCGCAUCGAGGACCUGCUGGCGCUGUCGCCGGAGGCCAUCCUGCUGCGCUGGGUGAACCACCAGCUGCAGGCGGCCGGCGUCACGCGCCGCUGCACCAACUUCCAGCAGGACGUGGCCGACUCCGAGAUCUACUCCCACCUGCUGCGGCAGAUCGCGCCCGACGAUGCCGGCGUCACGCUCGACGCGCUCAGGGAAACCGACCUCCUCCGCCGCGCAGAGCUGAUGCUGCAGCAGGCCGCCAAGCUGCGCUGUCGCGCCUUCGUGACGCCGGCGGACGUCGUGGGCGGCGUCUACAAGCUCAACCUGGCCUUCGUCGCGAACCUGUUCAACCAGCACCCUGGCCUGCAGCGCUCUGCCGACACCGAGGAACUGCACCAGCUCGACGAGACUAGGGAGGAGAAGACAUACCGCAACUGGAUGAACUCGAUGGGCGUGGCGCCGCACGUCAAUUGGCUGUACUCCGACCUCACGGACGGACUCGUCAUCUUCCAGCUGUACGACAUCAUCAAGCCAGGCAUCGUUAACUGGAAGAAGGUACACCGACAGUUCUCGAAGCUUCGCAAGUUCAUGGAGCGUCUGGAGAACUGCAACUACGCCGUGGAGCUCGGGCGCCAGCUCGGGUUCUCUCUGGUGGGCAUCGCCGGGGCCGACAUCAACGAGGGGAAUGCCACGCUCACUCUGGCGCUGAUCUGGCAGUUGAUGCGCGCGUACACGCUGUCCGUACUGACGCGGCUCGCCAACACCGGCAACCCCAUCAUCGAGAAGGAGAUCGUGCAGUGGGUGAACAACAAGCUCAGCAACGCCGGCAAGACCUCCGCCAUCAGGAGCUUCCAGGAUGAGGUGUUGGCUGACGGCAAGGUUGUCAUCGACCUGAUCGACGCCAUCAAGCCUGGCUCCAUCAACUACGACCUCGUGUUGCCCGGAGGCAACGAGGAGGAGAACCUAGCGAACGCUAAAUACGCGAUAUCAAUGGCCCGUCGUUGCGGCGCCCGCGUGUACGCGCUGCCCGAGGACAUCACGGAGCGCAAGCCGAAGAUGAUCAUGACGGUGUUCGCCUGCCUCAUGGCGCUCGACUACAUACCCGCCAUGGACGCGCCCGUCGCCAGCGCUGUUGCCAGAUCAGGAGCGGGUGACUUCAGUAAUGACUUGAGCCGGCAAGCGUCUGUUACUACAACUACUGUUGACGGGGACAUAGUCGAAACCACAGAGGAACAGGAUAAUGUAGAAUCAGAACCUGAAGAACAGGUUUCUGGGGACCCGGCUCCCGAGGAGCAGGUUCCUGAAGAACAGGUCUCUGAAGAGCCAGCGGAAGAAGUGGAGGUUGUGGAAGAGCCUGAAGUCGAGGAGAGCUUAGAGAAACCGCCUCUACCACCGAAACCAGAACACUUGGUCACUGCUUAGACCUGUUAACUAAAGCAGAAGAUACCAGAACACCUACCAUCAAAUCUUGAAGUAACAUGUGUUAUGCUGGGGCCACACUAGUGGCUAACGUUAAUGCCCAUUAACGCUAUAGUUAUCGUAUUUUUUUAAACGGCAAAAUGUUAAUGCGCGUUAAGUUGUGGCCAUAUCUACGGUUAACGUCCAUAUUUAUUUAUUUUUAUAAAAGUCCCACAAAACAGUACAAACUAUUUGACUGUGAGACAAUAUAAACACAGGUUAAACACUUUCAUAUUCGCGAUAAUUAAUGGCAUUUCUCGUUGCUAUGGCCCCAGCAUUAUUAGUUAUUAUUAUUACCACGUAGAACGCUGUCUCGCCCCCACAACAUCAACUAUCUUACUUUUAAAUUGGUGGUAAGUCCCAGGGAUGUUAUAGAUAUUUAAUAUCAAGUUUUUCCGUUUGUUUCGAAUAGUUUCAGUUUUCAUUGAAAUGUAGAAGUGGAAUGGAAAAUGGGAAUGACUGCCGACAA